UGCGUGAGGUCAGAGAGAGAGAGAUCGGCGAGUCGACUGUUCUCAUUCUUUCUUGUUCGCAAUUUUUCAAAACCCUCCGAGGAAGUUUUCAAUCAAAAAAAAAAUGUCCGUCGAGGAAGACGCCACCGUUAGGGAGCCACUGGAUCUGAUUCGUUUAAGUAUCGAAGAGAGAAUCUAUGUCAAGCUUCGAUCUGACCGUGAACUCCGCGGCAAGCUUCACGCUUUUGAUCAGCAUUUGAAUAUGAUUCUGGGUGAUGUUGAAGAGGUUAUUACGACUGUUGAAAUCGACGACGAGACAUACGAAGAGAUUGUUCGGACUACGAAGCGAACGCUUCCAUUUCUAUUCGUGAGGGGAGAUGGAGUGAUAUUGGUGUCGCCGCCUUUGAGAACAACCUAAAUGUUCUUUGCCGGGAUCUUAGUGAACAAAUUUGGAGCCGAGUAGAUGCACUUUUUUCUGAUUACUUUUAGCUCUUGAAUUGUAAUUGUGUGGUUUGUUUUCUUUGAUGUCAAACAUCUAAAACCGAAUGUAGCAGAGAUAUCGUAUUCGGAUUUUGGUAACGAGCGCUUUGUUAUAGUAGAAGCAGUGUGUAACGUA